AUGGCUGGACGCAGCGUCACCGUGCUUAACGUGGCGGAGAAGCCGUCGGUAGCGAAAGCAGUGGCCAAAAUACUUUCAGGGAACCCAAUCCUUCGAGGGAGAGACGGUCGUUCUCGCUACAACCAGAUCUUCGAGUUCGACUACACCAUUCGCGACCAACCCUGUAGAAUGCACUUCACCUCCGUCAUUGGCCAUCUCAUGGAGCUCGAAUUCGAUGCGCGUUACCGCAAAUGGCACUCUUGCGAUCCCCUCGAUCUCUUCCAGGCUCCUGUCCAUAAAACGGUUCCCGAGGAUAAAAAGGAUAUCAAGAGGACACUAGAGGAAGAAGCUAGGCGGUGUCAGUGGCUUGUUUUGUGGCUCGAUUGCGAUAGGGAAGGUGAGAAUAUUGCCUUUGAAGUUGUAGACGUAUGUACUGCGGUAAAUCCUCAUCUCACUAUCAAGAGGGCUCGAUUUUCCGCAUUGGUCCCCAGUGAAAUCCAUGAGUCCGUGCAAAAUCUUGUCGAGCCAAAUAAGUGGUUUUCUGAUGCUGUGGAUGCUAGGCAGGAAAUUGAUCUUCGUAUAGGCGCUUCAUUCACCAGAUUUCAGACCAUGUUAAUGAAAGAUGCUUUUAACAUAGAUACUGUUACAGAUGGCAGAAAUACUGUCUUGAGUUAUGGCCCUUGCCAGUUUCCUACACUUGGAUUUGUUGUGGAAAGAUAUUGGGAGAUACAAGCACAUGAACCAGAAGAGUUUUGGUCAAUCAAUUGCUCUCAUAGAUCCGAUGAAGGCACUGCUAAUUUCAGUUGGGGACGUGGGCAUUUGUUUGAUUAUACAUGUGCUGUCAUAAUAUAUGAGAUGUGCAUCGAGGAACCAACUGCAACGGUGACAAACGUUAGACAACAAGAGAAGCUUAAGUAUCCUCCCCAUCCUCUGAGUACUAUUGAGCUUGAGAAACGGGCUUCGCGAUACUUUCGGAUGAGCUCUGAGCACACAAUGAAGGCGGCUGAAGAACUUUACCAAGGUGGUUUCAUCAGUUAUCCUCGUACUGAAACUGAUAAUUUUUCUUCAAGGACUGAUUUGCGUGUGGGACAUUAUAGAAUGGAAGCUAGAAAGAAUAACAAAAAGAUAGCAGCUAGAAGUAAGGAAUUCUAUUCUAAUACCUCCCACAAGAUCAGUACGGAUCAGAGUAGUCAAUCCCGAAUAACGGAGCGGAGCGGCCGACCCCAAAAAUAG